AUGUAUCGCCAAAUUCUGGUCCACCCUGAGGACCGGGACCUCCAGCGCGUCCUUUGGCGGUAUAGCAUCCGGGAUGAGGUGGCGGAGUUCCGCCUUAACACCGUGACAUACGGUUUAGCCUGUGCACCGUUCCUGGCUAUGCGCACUCUCCAGCUGGCCGACGAUGAAGCGGACACCUAUCCGUUAGCCGCUCGUGCUCUACGCCGGGACGUUUACAUGGACGACGUUCUGACAGGCGCCUCAAGCCUGGAGGAGGCGCUGGAGUUGCGACAACAGCUGACCGACAUGCGCAUGGCGGGCGGCUUUCCCCUGCGCAAGUGGUCAGCUAACGAGUCGCGAAUCUUGCGGGACGUUCCGGCGGAGCACCGCAUGCAGCAGGCGCUGCGGGAUUGGGGACCGCCCGAGACGCACGGGACCUUGGGCUUGCAGUGGCAUCCCGCCUCUGACGAAUUUUCAUUCGCCAUUCCGGCGAUCUCUUUGACCGACGUGACUAAGAGGUCGGUGCUGUCCUUGACAGCCCGGCUGUUUGAUCCUUUAGGUUGGCUGGCGCCGGUUGUGGUACGGGCUAAGAUUGCCUUCCAGUCGACUUGGCUGAUGAGUCUUGGCUGGGACGACCCUCUCGACGAGGCUGAGAGACAAAUGUGGCGCGAGUACGAGGCGGGACUCCCCCUUCUACGGAGUGUGCGGGUUCCGCGACGAUUGGAUGCGGGUUUGUCGAUCGGCGACGCGGAGCUCCAUGGGUUUGCCGACGCCUCGGAGCGCGCCUAUGCCGCCGUCAUCUACUUGCGGACUAGCUCCGGUGCGUCCUGGAGAACCUGCCUCGUUGCAGCCAGGACUAAGGUCGCGCCCAUAAAACCGGUGACGCUACCUAGGCUGGAGUUGUGCGCCGCUACCCUCCUGUCGGACUCAACGGUUGCCCUGGGCUGGAUACGCGGCCACCCGACACGGUGGAAGACCUUUCUGGCAAACCGCGUUGCCGAAAUUCAGACCAGGGUCUCUGACGCUCAGUGGCAUCAUGUGCCUGGCCCGGAUAAUCCAGCUGACUGCGCUUCCCGCGGACUUGCGCCGGGAGAGCUGGUGCCACACCCGCUCUGGUGGCGGGGUCCGCAUUGGCUCCGGGCGGAGUCGACGUCCUGGCCUGAGGCUGACCGAGGGGCUCCCCGUGACGGCUGGCCGGAGGAGAGAGUUCACGCGCGAGCGGCCAGGACCACGCCCGUCAGCGUGGAAGAGCCUGCUGAGCUCUUGCGCUUUUCGAGCCUCAAUCGUCUGCUGAGAGUGACAUCGUGGUGCCGACGCUGGCUUCGUCUUAGACCGACUGCUACGCCCGCGGCCGUGGAGGACGGCCGGGGUCGAUAUGGGGGCGAGCUACUGACGGACGAGCUGGAGGAGACGAGGUUAGCUUGGAUUCGACAAGUCCAGGCUGACCACUACCGGUUGGAGCUGGGAGUCGUGCGGCGGGGUCAGCCUCUGCCGGCGUCCAGCUCUCUUGCCCGAUUUACCCCCCUUUUAGAUCAUCAGGGUCUACUGCGCGUGGGAGGUCGCCUCAAGCACGCGCUUCUCGCUUAUGACGAGCGACAUCCAGCGCUGCUGCCUGGGGCUCUCAUUUUGCCCGGCUGGUGGUGGAGGACUGCCACCGACGCACGUUGCACGGCGGCGUUUAGAUGA